CUUGAAAGAAGAGAGAGAAGCAGUCAUCGGCACAGAUCGUCUCGUGGCAUUUGAAACCCUGAUAGUUAUGAUCGGGCAUCGGCAGAACCAGUCAAUGUCAACAAUCCAAAAUCACAAUCAGCCGCAUUACGGUAUCAAUAGACCACCAGCUACCUCGCACCCACCCUUCGCACUGCACAUUCCUCAGGUGACAUGAAAUACUACGCGCAUUCAUAACCUACGGCGGCUCAACUGUUUUAAAUACUCGCUAGUCUCCGCAGACUUACGGUUCCAAUUCGUUUGGCAUUCAUCGUAGUUAGUAUGAUAAGCCACUCGUACAGCCUACCCACAAUCAGGUUCCUGUACAUCUCAUCGACCGUUUUCACGGACUGCAACAGUAAAACAGUCUCCAAGUAGAGGAGACUGCGAAAGCUGAUCCACGAUACUACCUGAGUGAGAUUUACCAGGCUUUGUCUACUGCCGGACAAACAUAUUUGUUACCCAACGACAUGGACGUCUCUAGUGAAGACAGCGCGGCUCAGUCUACAGUGGAAGUGGUCACGAAAACAAAGCUCCAGCUACCAGCUAGUUGCGACCCGCCCCAGCCCGACGGCGAGAGAAAGCAGUUGGUAUGGGUGGUGUUCGGUGGAACGGGCCAUAUGGGCAGAUCUCUCGUGAAGUCCGCCUUGUCCAAAGGAGAUAUUGUCUCGUCCGUAGGACGAGUCUUCGAGACGAGCCUCGAGGAUAUGUCAGCUCACCAAGACAAAGACAACUAUCUGGGGCUACUAUGUGAUGUGCGCUCGAAAGACUCAGUGGCGCGCGUGAUUAGCAGGACGUUAGGACGAUUCCAGCGCGUCGACGUGGUCGCCAACUGCUCCGGCUACGGCGUCAUAGGCGCAUGCGAGGACCAGGACGAGCACGAGAUUCGGAACCAGUUUGAGACGAAUUUCAUGGGCACUCUCAACAUCAUCCAAGCCACAUUGCCCUAUUUCCGCCAGCAGAACGGCGGCCGCUAUCUCAUCUUCAGCUCGACAUCUGGGGCACUGGGGGUUCCUGGCCUUGGCCCGUAUUGUGCCACCAAAUAUGCCGUCGAAGGGUUGAUAGAGGCUAUGCUCUACGAGACGGAUUCGUUCAACGUCAAGGCGACUCUCGUGGAGCCCGGAUUCGUCCGCCGGGAUGAGCCCGACGCCUUGGCAAACCCACUGCCUACCUGGGGCCACUUCCUUAUCAAACCAGCAAGCGAGGCCUACGCGCAAGCAACAUCACCAGCACUGCAUGCCAAGAGGAUGGUUCAAUGGCUCGGCGACCGCCAGCCGACGAGUGCCGUCAAGUGUGCUGAGCUUGUCUGGCAACUGGCCCACUGCUCGUAUCCUCCGCUACGGUUACUCCUGGGAAGCUAUGCCAUUGAGAGUAUCCGCGAUAGGUUGCGGUCCGUUACAGAAGAGUUGGAAGACUGGAAGCAUCUGAACUUUCCUUCUAUGGCAGAAGCGGGUGGUGAGGGCGGAGGAAAGGACAGCAAACCAGACCAUGACGAGAGCAUGGCCGAUUCGGGGCAGGACGCGCCUAGCCAGGAGACGUAAGAGUUGAAGACUACAGAACAAGAUGAGACCUAUCGCGCUCUGUUGCACUCUAUGCAGGCUCGAGGACGAUUAUUCGUGACCGAGAACGAUAUGUAAUUAACGGGUGCCUAUUUUACGUGUGGUGUUGCUGACCCUCAUUCAGCUAGGCAGAUGUAAUGGCUAUCCGUCCUUGACACC